ACUCAAAGUGUUUCUUGAAACUGACCGGGCGCGAAACGAAAUUCCAGAACAGAAUAUUCCCCCAAAUACAACCAAGACAAAUCGUUGUAAGACAAACAACAAAAAAAAAACAACCGAUAAAACAAUAAGUGUAUCUGUGAGAUACACGCAGUGCCAAAGCAAAAAAGACAAGUUUUAAACCGACGUUUUUAGCUGCUGCUUCAGCUUCAAAAGAAUGAAGUGCCAACUGCUUUUCGUGGCCACCGUGUGCCUGGCCAGCGUUUGGGCGUUGCCGGUUCCCGACGAGGAGGUGGCCAUCCAGCCGGACAACGGCGCCAAGGCCGAGUUGCUGACCAAAACCGUGCUGCCCACGGCCGUUGAGCCGGCACCAUUGAAGCCCGACACCGAGAAGGCACCGGAGCUGCCAAAGAUCGAAGCCAAGGCCAAUUCCGUUCCGGAAUCACCAAUUACCCCGGCAGCUGGUGGGGAUUCCGGCAAGGAGAUCGCCAACACGGUCGAGCUGAAGGCCAGUGCGCCGGAUGUUGAGACCGCCCCGUCCAUACCCGAGAAGAAGAACCUGCCCGAGGAGGCGAAGCCCGUCCAGGAAGUCACCGCCGAGGCCGACAAGAAACAGGAGAAGACUGCGCGCACGGAGGCGGAACCCGUCGUGGAGGCAACUCAACCGCAACCGCAGGCAACCAAGGCCAUUGAACUUGCCCCCGAGGCACCGGCCGCCAAUGCCGAGGUCCAGAAGCAGGUUGUCGACGAGGCCAAGCCCCAGGAGCCCAAGAGCGAGGCCAAGUCCGCCGAGGAGCAGCCAGCCAUUCCCGCUGCCAUCGAAGCGAAGGAAACAGUUGUCGCCGCCGCCGCCGCUGCUCCCGUUGAACAGCCCGCCCGCCAGGAGAGGAUCAAUGAGAUUGAGCAGAAGGAUGCCAAGAAGGAAGCUGCUGCUGCUGAGUCUGAGGAGCCCGCCAAGUCCGCCGAAGCUGCACCUGCUCAGGAACCGGCCAAGUCGGAGAGCAACAUCCAGGUGAUUGCCCCCGAGAAGAAGUCCAUUGAAUCGACUCCCGCUGCUGCUCCUGCUGCUGCUCCCGCUGCUUCUCCCGCUGCCCAGGCUGCCCAGGCCAAGUCCGGUGAGGCACCCAAGCCCGUCGACCAGCAGAAGAACACCGAGACCGUGGCCGAGACCGCUCCCGUGCUGAAGACCAAUGCACCACUGGCACCGGCUGGCGCCACCAAGGUGAACGAGCCCGCCAAGGAGCAGGAGAAGGAGCAGCCGGCCGAACCGAAGGCCUUGCCCGAGCAGAAGAAAUCGGAGGAGGAGGUGGCAGCAGCAGCUUCGGCUCCAGUGGCACCUGAGGCACCAGCAGCUGCCGCUGCUGCCGUUCCCGAGGCCAAGAAGAUCGAGGAAGCCAAGAGCCCGGAAGCCGAGAAGAUCGCCGAUGAGCCGAAGAAGUCGUCGGAGGAGAAGUCCGACAAGACCGACUCGAAGGCCGAUGACUCGUCGGAGUCCAAGGAGUCCGAGGAGAGCAGCGAAUCGAAGGAGAACUAGGGAUAGUAAGAGCUUUACCGUCUAACCACCUUGCCCCCCCGCCCUCCUCCCCGCCCAAAAAAAAAAAACAAAAUCCAAGACCCAAAAUCCGAAAUCCGAAACCUGAAUCCUGAAAGGCAGGAAAGAAAUCUUCCGAACAUCGCACCACUGCUACGUUUUGGCAGCGUCUUAAUAUUACGAUCGUAGUUAGUGGUAUCCUUAGUUGUAAAUGGAGCAGUCGCACAACCAUUUAAUCCGAACACGAAGGGAAGAGCUGAACAUUGAGGCGCCCGGAACAAUAGAACCAAGUGGAUCGAACAAAAAAGCAAAAAAAAAAAAAAACACACACAAAAAAAGGAAAAAAUAUAUAAAACAAACAACACACACACACAACAAACAGGACAAACCGCUAAGAUGGCAUAAAGUAAUACUUAUAAUUAUAAUUUAAUUAAUGUAAUUUUAAUUAAAUCUUAGUCAUUGCAAGACAACCGAACCGAACCCCACAAGCCCCUCAAACACACCACCAACCCCAAAAAGCAAAAAAACACACCCGAGAGUCCUAGAUCAGCCUGUCCCAUUCGAUAACCAUCUUCAAUAACCCCGGAACGAAGCCAGCACUCGAGUAUCGUAUCGUAUCGCCCUAUGAUACCUUAUAAAUGAAAUCCUUUUUUUUUAUCUGAGUUCUAACAUAAUGAAACUACAUUUAAUAACGAUAGUGUUAUAACGUAUAUAUGAGAAGAAGUAUAUAUGAUUUUAUAUAGACUGAGAAAAUUCUUAAAUAAAAAUCGAAAAACUAAAA